AUGCAGAUCAAGAUGGGUGGUCUGGAAUGCAAGAUCUUGACGUUCUUGGGGAAACAUGAGCAUGGAGUAGAAGAAAUUGGGUUCUUGGUGGACGAAAGCGAUGAUUUGAUUGGUGGUGAAGGUCAGGUUAACCACACCUUGCUGAUGUUUUGGACCCACCUCCUGGACUGGCAGAAGACCCACACGGUGGAGGUGAGGCAGCACCGAUGGAGUUCAUUGAAGUUGAGGAGUUCCCAGAAGAGCAAGCUCACCUCUAUGAUGAUUUCAUCAUCACCAAGAAUUCAAGAAUUCUGGACCUACGCACAGCUUGCCACUGGCUCGGAGUUUCCCAAGCUGGUUCAAAAACCGCGGCUAUUUGAGCGUGUGAAGAGAGCCCAUAGAGAUAGCCUGAGACGCUCAGCGGUAGAAAUUGCAAACGCUGAGUACGAAAGAGAGGCACAGGUCGCAGUAGAGAUUCCUGGCCCAAGGAGGCAACCCUCAGCACGGGCACUUCACAAUUUGAUUCAUAUCCCCUACAGAGACUGGUGUCAGCUCUGCAUCAGCACAAGGGCGAGAGGAGACUACCAACAUAGUGUGGCAGAUCCUGAGGCAGCACUUGAAAGAGACAGACCAACCAUACAAGUUGAUUUCUAUUUCUGUGAGGGCAACGAUGAAAGAAAGACGGUGUCGGAGGCAAAGGCCAUCUUAUUGCUGGUCGAUGUAUGGACUCGCUACACCCAUGUGGAACCCAUGGAGAAGAAAUCAGCGCGUGCGGUUGGAGAAGAAAUCUCUAGAUUUGCUGGCAUGGUAGGUCAUGUAGGAAUGAUUGAGUUAGAAGGAGACAACGAGCAUGUGUUGGUUGCAGGAAUGGAGCUGUGUAAAUCUGUAGGGGCAAAGCACGGUUUCCCCACCACAAUCUCCUUGAACAAGAGCUACAGCAAGUCUAGGCCGAUGUGGAAGCAGGGGGUUUGGCUUGGCCGAGAUGGAGCAGAUCAAGAUGUGAUUGCAACCACGCCUCAAACUAUAACCAAGACCAGAUCUGUGAGAAAGACUGCUCAUGAAUGGGUUGCUAAAGAUAUCCUAGCCAUUGAAAUCGGACCCUGGGAUACUUCAAGCCGGUUGGAAUCAAAGCUUCGUGUUCAGCCUCUACGUGGCCUACUCCCACGACACAUCCCGGAUGCAGAUCGUGAUCUGGACGCAGACGCCGUACAGGCAUCCCCAAUUCAGCUUCUGCGACAGAGUUUCAGAAAGGCGAGGGCGUUGGCAACCAAAGUCAACCUUACAGCCCAUCAUCAUUUGGCGGUGAAGGCAGGGGGCAAGAACAAGGUGCGAUUGACGUUCCUGAAGAACAAGGUGGGCAAGCUUCAAGUUCACUCUCUCUUGGUGCAUCAACAGUACCUUUUGCCCCACAAGUUGCAGACACAAUGGGCUUUGAUGUUGAACCCGCGCGAGGUUCAAAACACAGGAGCGAGGAAACAGCACAGCAAGGAGAGAGAAAGGCAAUUAGGCUUGAUGAGACAAAAUAGCAAAGACCACUGUGCGAGCCCUUGA